AUCCACUCCACUCUUCUACUCAUCAAAACCCUCCUACGGCUUAUCAAACUUUUUCAGUAAAAAAAAACAUCCUCUUCUGUUGCCAUCUGUUAUCAUCGGGUUUUGGCACACAACAUUCUUGAACUCUCACGAACCAGCUUCUUCAGCUUAUUUCGGUCUCAACUGCACACAUAUCUUUCUUUUCAGCUUGAACGAACUUCUUAACUCUUUGACUUUGCACCCAAACCCCUGAAAACUUAUGCAAUCUACCUUACUCAAAUCCUGCCAUACCCCUUUUAUAUUAUGAUUUUUACACUCUCUUUCACCAAAAAAGGAUCGUUUUUUCUUUACCCCUUUUGGUCGGUGUCUUUCUAUUCAUAAUAAAUUGCGGUGAUCUGAUUGUGUUAUUAAUACAGAAAAAGAAAGACUGUGUGUACAACACGUUAUUUACUUCACGGGUUUUCCGUGAUUUUGAUUAUUUUCUAUUUGGGUUUAAUGAUGAUUCCCUUUUAGGAGGUAUAGUUUUUUUUGUUCAGUGUAUUCAUUGUUUCUGUGAUCUCUGGAAGAACUUGGUGAUCGAAGAUGGGUUCAAGAGUCUCUCCCAAUGUUAAAUGUUGGCAGUUCAGAACCCCUUAUUGUUCUACCUGUGAUUCCUUGAAGACACCACGUGCUGUUCCUUCUUCGCUAUUGAGACAUGCCAGUGAGAGGAACAAUGCCAUCAUGCCAUGCGGCUUGGUUCAUAGGUCAACCUUCUCUGGCUCAAGGAGUUUGAAGGUGCAAAGAGGAAAACGUGCCUAUUCUGCACUUUUUGAUGACUUCCACCAUGAAGAAAUGAUGAAUCCGGUUCAGGAUAGUGGUGGUGAUGAAAAUGGCAAUGGAAUUGCUUAUGUUGUGUCUGGUAAAACCCAAAACAAACAACUCAAAAUUAGAGGUUCCUCUGAGGAAAGUUGGGCAAUGAAGCCUGAUGUUUUGGAGCCUUCUCUUUUGGGAAUAGAACCAGAACCACCAAGCUGGCCAGAAAGAGAUGAAAUUUUGAAACUGAGGUUUGAAAGGAAAGUGAACAGUGUGGAAAUCCCUUUGUCAAUUCGUAUGAUCAAGAAGAAGCUGCAAUUGGAGGAUGGUAUUAAAGAGGCAGGUGAAUUGACUAACUCUUCUGUGAAGAAGACCUUCUCUUCUAUGUUGUUUAUCAUGCACGAGCUUCAAAAUCAUGCUUUGCAAACAAGAGAGAGCCUGUGCUGUGAAGACUUGCAAAGUGUCAUGGCCAAGCUGAGGAGAGAAAUGGAUGCUUCUUUUGUGUGGCUCUUUCAGCAGGUUUUCUGUAAGACACCAACUCUCAUGGUCCAUGUGAUGGUCCUCCUAGCUAACUUCUCCGUGUUCUCUAUGGACAACAACACUGUUAAAGCAGUCACUCCUUCAUCUAUGAUCACCACUGCUCUAUAUUUGACCAACAAUGAGAGUAAACUACGACAUUCACAAGUUGAUGCUGAUUUUGAUCAAGGUGAGUAUGUAAAGGAGGAGUUGACAGAAGAGGAGGAAAUGUUGUGGAAGUCCAUGCUAGAAGAGGCUUCAAUAUUGGAAAAGGAAUUGAAGAGUGAAGUUUUGGACCAUGAGACAAUCCAACGGUUAGUAGCCCCCGUGUCUGUGGAGCUUGAAGGGGAUCAAUACGAGGAAUAUGUCAAAACUGAGCUUCAUUACAAAAAACAUUUACUCCGGACACCUCACAGUUCCCUUUUGCUGUCUAAUUAUGCACAGUUUCUAUUCCUUGUCCUUCAUGACAUUGAUGGGUCAGAAGAGUACUACAAGCGUUCAGUGCUGGUGGAGUCACCUGAGGCUGAGGCAUUCAGUCGCUAUGCUGACUUCUUGUUGAUGGUAAGAAAGGAUGUUUGGGCAGCAGAACUGAGAUAUAUGCAAGCAUUGGAAGCAGAUCCUGGCAACACUUAUUAUUUAUCUAAGUACGCCAGUUUCCUUUGGAACACCGGUGGACAAGAUACUACUAGCUUUCCUUUAGAAGAAUUGGGCAACUUACAACUAUGACAUUGUCCAUAUGAUCCAUCAUAGUCGAGUGAAGGUACUUUUUGGUUUUUCCUGGAUAGUUGUUACUCCAGUUAGUUUCUUUUUUUCCUAAUAUCAAUUAGUAAUUAAUGGAACAACUAUCUUUGUUUAUAUAUAAAAGUGAAGAUGUGUCUACCCUGAAUGAUGAUAUCAGCUCAAAAUUAUGUUCGUGAAUAGUGCC